GCCUUGGCGCGCGCGGCGCAGUAGCGCAAGCAGGAAGAUGGCGGGAGUGAGCGGCUCAGGGCCCGGUUCGUCAGCGGGCUCGGCUUCGGCGUCCGGUCCGGUGCAGCAAGGACUAAAAGAAGCGCUGAUAGAAACGCUCACCGCUAUUUUGUCUCCCGUGCAGGAGGUGCGGGCGGCGGCUGAAGAGCAGAUCAAAGUUCUGGAGGUGACAGAGGAGUUUGGUGUCCACCUGGCUGAGCUCACUGUGGAUCCCCAGGGUGCCCUUGCAAUUCGACAGUUGGCUUCGGUGAUUCUGAAACAGUAUGUUGAGACUCACUGGUGCUCUCAGUCUGAUAAAUUCAGACCCCCGGAGACAACAGACAGGGCAAAAAGUGCUAUACGGGAACUUCUUCCAAAUGGUUUAAGGGAAUCCAUCAGCAAAGUACGCUCGAGUGUGGCUUAUGCCAUCUCAGCCAUUGCUCACUGGGAUUGGCCAGAAGCCUGGCCACAGCUCUUUAGCCUGCUCAUGGAGAUGCUGGUCAGCGGAGAUGUAAAUGCUGUACAUGGCGGUAUGCGAGUGCUAACUGAAUUUACACGUGAAGUAACGGACACUCAGAUGCCCCUUGUGGCUCCAGUGAUUCUACCUGAGAUGUACAAGAUUUUUACCAUGGCUGAGGUGUAUGGCAUUCGGACAAGAUCCCGUGCUGUAGAGAUAUUCACCACCUGCGCCAACCUCAUAUGUGCCAUCGAUGAAGUGGAGAAGGGGGCUGCCAAGGCUCUCAUAUUUCCUGUGGUCCAACAGUUCACAGCUGCUUUUGUCCAAGCGUUACAGAUGCCUGAUGGCCUCUCCUCUGAUAGUGGGUUGAAAAUGGAAGUCCUUAAGGCAGUGACAGCACUUGUAAAGAACUUCCCAAAGCAUAUGGUGUCAUCAAUGCAACAGAUCUUGCCAAUUGUGUGGAACACACUGACAGAAAGUGCUGCAUUCUAUGUAAGGACAGAGGUGAACUACACCGAGGAAGUAGAUGAUCCUGUUGACUCUGACGGUGAGGUUCUGGGUUUUGAAAACCUUGUGUUCAGCAUCUUUGAGUUUGUGCACACCUUGUUAGAGAACAACAAGUUUAAAAGUACUGUGAAGAAAGCCCUUCCUGAGCUCAUUUAUUACAUCAUUCUAUACAUGCAGAUCACAGAAGACCAGAUAAAAGUAUGGACAGCUAAUCCACAGCAGUUUGUUGAGGAUGAGGACGAUGACACCUUUUCCUAUUCGGUUCGGAUUUCUGCUCAAGAUUUACUUCUGGCAGUUGCCACCGAGUUUCAGAAUGAGAGUGCUGCUGCCUUGGCUGCUGCUGCCACUCGGCACUUACAGGAGGCAGAGCAAGCAAAGAAUGGAGGCAAUGAACACUGGUGGAAAGUACAUGAAGCCUGUAUGUUGGCUCUUGGCUCUGUGAAGAGUAUCAUAACUGACAAUGUUAAGAAUGGCCAUAUCCAGUUUGACAUGCAUGGUUUCCUCACAAAUGUCAUUCUUUCGGACCUCAACCUUUCAGUUUCCCCUUUUCUCCUGGGUCGUGCCCUAUGGGCAGCGAGCCGCUUCACUGCUGCUAUGUCCCCUGAGCUCAUCCAGCAAUUCCUGCAAGCGACAGUUAGUGGUCUCCAUGAAAACCAGCCUCCUUCUGUCAGGAUCUCUGCUGUCCGUGCUAUCUGGGGGUACUGUGAUCAGUUGAAGAUCUCAGAAAGCACACAUAUUUUACAACCUUUUCUACCCAGCGUUCUUGAAGGGCUCAUACAGUUGGCAGCUCAGUUCAGUUCUGAGGUGCUGACGCUGGUCAUGGAGACCCUGUGUAUCGUAUGCACAGUCAGUCCAGAUUUCACAUCUAGUGUGGAAAACAAGAUCUGUCCGCUUACAAUCGCUAUCUUCCUCAAGUAUAGUAAUGAUCCAGUAGUUGCCUCUCUAGCCCAAGAUAUUUUCAAGGAACUGGCCCAGAUUGAAGCUUGCCAGGGGCCCAUGCAGAUGAGGCUUAUUCCAACUUUGGUCAGCAUCAUGCAGGCUCCAGCUGACAAAAUUCCUUCUGGCCUAUGUGCGACAGCUAUUGAUAUUUUGACAACAGUGGUGAGGAACACACAGCCUCCACUUUCUGAGCUGCUGAUCUGCCAGGCUUUCCCUGUUGUUGCACAGUGUACUCUCAAUACAGACGACAAUGCCAUUAUGCAGAAUGGUGGAGAGUGCCUCCGAGCCUACGUGUCUGUAGCACUGGAGCAGAUUGCCCAAUGGCAUGAUGAACAGGGCCACAGUGGUCUGUGGUAUGUUAUGCAGGUUGUCAGUCAACUCCUGGAUCCACGUACCUCUGAGUUUACAGCUGCUUUUGUUGGUCGUCUAGUGUCAACACUUAUUGCCAAAGCUGGUGCACAACUGGGGGACAACCUCGAUCAGAUCCUUAGAGCCAUUUUAAGUAAGAUGCAGCAAGCAGAGACCCUCAGUGUCAUGCAGUCUCUCAUCAUGGUGUUUGCUCACCUCAUACAUUCUCAACUUGAACCUCUGUUGGAAUUCUUGUGCAGCCUUCCUGGCCCCACUGGGAAACCAGCUUUAGAGUUUGUUAUGGCUGAAUGGAUGAACCGGCAGCACCUUUUCUAUGGACAAUAUGAGGGUAAAGUCAGCACUGUGGCACUUUGUAAACUCCUUCAAUAUGGUAUUAACACAAAUGACAAACGCCUUCAGGACAUAAUGGUAAAGGGUGAGGAAAUCUGUGAUCCCAAUGAAGGCAUUCGCACCCGGUCAAAAGCAGCAAAAAAUCCUGAGCGCUGGACCACCAUACCACUUUUGGUGAAGGUCUUCAAACUCAUCAUCAAUGAAUUAUCCACAGUGAUUGAGGCUAAUACAUCAAGAUCAGCAACUGCGGAUUGGAAUCAAGAUGGAGAUUCCAAUGACAUGUGGGAAGAUGAAGAUGAUGACGAUGAAGAUGAAGGGCUUGCUGGGCAGCUGCUUUCAGAUCUAAUUUCAUCCAAUAAAUAUGACGAUGACUAUUACGAGGAUGAUGAAGAUGAUGACCCUGAUGCUAUGAAGGAUCCAAUUUAUCAAAUUGAUCUGCAGGCCUACCUUACGGAUUUCCUGCGACAAUUUGCUCAGCAACCAUGCUACAGUAUGUUCUCGGGACAUCUGAAUGAGGCAGAGAGGAGGAUUCUUCAGUCAAUUGCCAUCUAAAGAAAGUGGCUUUUUAUUCUUGUCCAUCUAGUGAUUCCCACCCCCAAACCCUGUCUGCAUUCCUUCAUCAUCCUUAGUGGGACACCCAGCCUCGCACACUUAUUGGCUUCGUCCAGGGAUGUGGGGAGUGGGUUGACUAAAGCUCCAUUGCUCCGCGAUAAACACUAAUGCUUACAAGGCACUUAGCUUAUUGCUCUUUAUUUUUUGAAGCUCUGGCACCCACAAUGAUGAUGACGUGUUUUUUUUUUGCAGGCUGGUGAAGAAGCAGCACACUUUGUGAGGGUCAGAGUUUUACGGACUGGGUUUGAGAAAGGAAAAGAUAGUUGUGUGCAAGUGGAACAGAAUUGAAUUUGGAUGGGAAUUGUCAGUCAAGAUGGUACAAAAGGGGGCAUAUCUUAGCCAAAAAAAGUGCCUACGAGCACUUUAAUGGACUAGUUAAGAGCUGGACGUGCAGAUUAACCUCACCGUGGCUUUUUGUCUUUUAAAGCGGAUAUUAAAGCCGCAUGUUAAAAAUCCGAGUGCAGGCUUGCAGACCAUUUUUGAGGGUUUUGAGACUGAUGUGCACUUCUGUAGAAGCAAAGAUGGGGGAUCCCCUCAACCAUGAUUCAGGCUAAUGGACUAAUUGGACAAAUCCCCUUCACCUUGGUUAGACCUUCUAGCAUUAAGAAUUGAAGGCCGAGUGGAGGGUGGGUCAUGUUAAUGACUGCUCCACAUAACAUUUUGAUUUGAUUUAUUAAUUGUUAGUCAGCCGUGUCUCAUGACACCUGUUUCUUGCCUUUCUUUUUUUUUUCUUUUAUAAAUCUUAUUUUGUGACAGAAAAUAAAGAUAAUUAAAAAUGUU